UACUCAGAAGCCUGAAACAAACAUUUGUCUUUUCUUCCUCAUCUCAAGCUUCUCCAUUAUCUUGGUCGAAAUCGCCACUCGGAGUGACUUCAUUUCAGUAAGUAUACAAAAACCAGGAAAACAGGCUUUAGUUUGUUUUUUACGUAGGAUGUGAUAAGAAACGUGAUGGUUGUCACAUCAGCAGGAGCAAGAUGAUUCGGUCAAGCUUGAUGUAAUGUGGCGUCCAUCACUUCCCAAACUGAAGGCUGGGAAAGACAACGAUUGCCCAGAUCCGGACGAUUACUGUGAGCUGAUUAAGAGAUGCUGGUCCCACAACAUCACAAUGAGACCCACUUUCGAGCAGGUGAAGAAGAUUCUUGAUAAAAUGAACCCGCACAAGGUCAGCCCUGUGGAUAUGAUGAUGAACCUGAUGGAAAAGUACAUUUGGAAAGCAUUGUAGCUGAGAGAACACAAGAUCUUCUUCAGGAGAAGCAGAAGACAGACCGGUUGCUCUACAGCAUGUUACCAAAACCAGUUGCUGAUGAUCUUCAUCAGGGAUGCACAGCAGAAGCGCAGAGUUACUCCAAUGCAACUGUUUACUUCAGUGACAUUGUAGGCUUCACUCAGCUUUCUGGCUCCAGCACCCCGCACCAGGUCGUGGAUUUUCUCAACAAACUCUACACCACGUUCGAUGACAUCAUCGACAACUACGAUGUUUACAAAGAGGAAACCAUUGGAGAUGCUUAUAUGGUGGUCUCAAGAGUACCAAAAGAGUACGGGAUCAAUCAUGUGGGGGAAAUCGCCAGCAUGGCUCUGGAUCUAGUCAGUGUUUGUCACGAGUUUAAAAUCCCACACAAGCCCACCACACAGCUGAAGAUACGAGCUGGCAUACACUCAGGACCUGUAGUGGCUGGGGUGGUCGGUACCAAAAUGCCACGAUACUGUUUAUUUGGCGACACUGUCAACACAGCGUCUCGCAUGAAGUCCACCAGUGAAGGUAUUUGAGCAAACUGCUGUUUACACAAUGGCAAUUAUUAACAAAUUCUGUCCCAUACGUCCGAUGAAUGGAAUUUUGUAAAUAUUUUUUCAGAGUGCUUUUAUUUGAGUGCCAUAAAGGUGGCAUUUCCAUUUUAUUUCUUCUUUUAUAAAAGCAUCUGCAGUGUAAAAAUAACCUGUACAAAACUUAAUAUUGUUUUAAAAGUUAUUUUCGUGAUCUUAUGUAAUAAAACCUACAUAUCCUCUUGUAUUUUCUUUGUUUUUGUCUUUUUAUGGCUGUACAGCAGAUCUGCUACACAAACUUGGAGGAUAUGUGCUGAUGUGCCGUGGGUCUCUCAAUGUGAAGAUGAUGGCAUAAUCACAUGAGAAUACAGACCAGGGGAUUUAUGGCCCCAUGAGACUGAACUCAAGACCUCAGCUCAGCUGUGCAAUGUCUCAAUUAGGGCUUGGCCUCAGCUGGCAUUGUGACAUCACUUAAAUCAUGUCUGUUCCUUAUUCACAAGCAAAGGCACCCCCAUCUCUCCCCCGCCCCCUUUUUGCUGUUGUCUUUAAAAGUAUUGUGUUAUGAUACACUGGAUGAGAUUUAUUUAUCGUAGCUCUUUAAGGUGAAUCGACGACUUGGUGGCUGGAGGCGAAAAGGCACCUCACAGAUCCUCUGUUUCGGGAGGAUGGGUCACUGGGAUAUCCUGUUCCUGUUAGCAAUUAACUUAUCUGCUACAAUAGCACGUGUUUACUUUCUGGUAGUGUAUAUGUUAGGUAUUAAAUUUGAUCGAUGGUUUGCUGCUUUCAUUCUUCUAUGAACAGACAUGGAUGUAGUAAAAAUGUUUUGCACAUUUGUCAGGAGGAUUUGAAAACAGGUAUAAAUAGUCUGUAUUUUGUAUGUAGUUACAAUAAAUGGUUGUGCCUUACUAGAUGUAUUUUUGCAUUCAAGGUGCAUUUAAGCUAUACAUUAUAUUACUAGUGUUCCCUGGGAUUAAACAUAAACAGACCCACAGAAAGGUUCAGGGUUGGUACAUACACAGUAGGUAGUAGUACAUGUAGAAGUGGACUGUAAAAAAGCACUACUGUUUUGUUUAAAAUAUUUGUGGUGCCCUUUUGGUGGCAUAU